UCCACCCACGAGUUAUCUCAUCUCACAGCUCUUCCUUCCACUCUCUCUUUCACUCAUAGUUCAAGCGCUUACUGAAUCCAUAUUUGAUUUCUUUAACUUUUUGAACAAAAAUGGCGUCUAAUUCGUUGAUCAAUCGCCCCUCUCGAUCAGAUUUGUGUUUGGAAGAAGAUGUGAAAGGAGAAGACAAUGUGAAAGCAGAGUUUAUCUGCCCCUUCUGUGCAGAUGAGUUUGAUAUUCUUGGCCUUUGUUGCCACAUUGAUGAAGACCAUCCUGUUGAGGUCAAGAAUGGGGUUUGUCCUGUCUGCUCAAAGAAGGUGGGAUUGGACAUAGUUGGCCACAUUACAACGCAACACGCAAACGUUUUCAAGGUGCAACGAAGGAGAAGGUUGCGUAGAGGUGGAUACAGCUCUAACUAUCUUACACUAAGAAAGGAGCUUCGAGAAGGAAACUUACAGUCUCUUGGAGUUGGAGGAUCUUCCACUUUCAUUCCCUCAUCCAAUAUAGAUUCUGAUCCUUUGCUCUCAUCCUUCAUGUUUCGUCCUCCUUUGGCUAAUGAGCUUGUCGUUAUGCCCAUGAAGGAAGGAGACUCGGCAACAAAAGUCUCACCUAAGGACACACCUCAAAGGUUAUCACUUUCGAGUGAAGAUCAAGAGAAGGAAAGAAAGAGUGAGUUUGUGCGAGAUUUAUUGUGGUCAACCAUGCUUGAAGACAAGUUCUAAUCUGUCACUAGUUAUGGUAAUUCAAGAGAUCAUUACACUGGUCUUGAUGUAUGUAGCAAAGCCUCGUAGCUUAUGGGUGUUUGUUGUAAGAGAAUGUACUUAGGGAACCUUAAUGUGCAUAUUCAGGAAAUGGAAGUACUUUUUCCUCUACUCAAGACUCAAAACUAGUCAAAGCUAAAA